ACAACAAAAAAAGUUCAGUUUUUUUGGUUAUUUUUUAAAAGUCGAUCUUUGAAUGCUUAUUUUAAAAUGUCUGUACUGGAUUAUGAGUGUUUAUUUAACGAAUUUCAAGAGAACGAUGAGUGGGAUGAGUGUUUUAAUGCUGUGGACAAAUGUGAUGUCGAACAAGAAUUAAUUGCCAAAUCUAAUGCUGUAAAUGACGAAGAACGUCCGCAGAAAGAAUACUUGGAAGUUCUACAGCGAGUGUUCGGACACAAGAGUUUUCGACCAAUGCAAUGGAAAAUUAUCAGUUCAAUUAUAAACGACAGAAGGGACAACUGCUCGAUAAUGGCGACAGGUUAUGGGAAGUCUCUGUGCUUUCAGUAUCCCUCCGUUUACCUGGGCGGUGUUACUAUUAUUAUUUCGCCAUUGAUUUCCCUGAUGGAAGAUCAAGUUUUGUCUAUGAAGAUGAGCAACAUAUCGGCCUGCCUAUUGGGCUCGGCGCAGACUAAACAAAAGGAGGUCAUUGACGAAAUUUUCGAAGAAAAGUACAACUUAGUUUAUAUGACGCCGGAAUUUUCUUGUGGAGAUUACGGCCAGGGCCUAAUAAAGAGAAUAGACGAUGCCGUUUCUUUAAUUUUAAUUGCGAUAGACGAGGCGCAUUGCGUUAGCUCAUGGGGUCACGACUUUAGGUAUCAAUAUCGAGAACUGGGUAAACUGAGAGAUCUGCUACCUACGGUACCGAUUUUGGCCGUGACGGCUACCGCUACACAUCAAGUACGAGGCGACAUCAUCUCAACUUUAAAAUUAAGAAACCCCCAAAUAUUAUGUUCGGGUUUCGAUCGUCCAAAUUUACAGUUUAUAGUUUACAUAAAAGGCAACGGGCUUAUGAGUGAUCUUAAAAAGGUUAUGAUCGAAAAGAACAAUAGUUGGAGUUUGCCAGGUUCUACUAUUAUUUAUUGCAUUACUCGUAAACAGACUGAAGACAUAGCCAAUCAAGUUAAUAGCAUUAAAGGUAUGAAGUGUUUAGCGUAUCAUGCAGGCAUGUCGGUUAAACAGAGGAGCCAGGCGCACGAACAGUUUGCAAAAGAUAAAAUAAAAAUUAUUGUCGCCACAAUUGCAUUUGGUAUGGGAAUCGAUAAACCGGACGUGCGUAACAUUAUUCACUAUGGAGCUUCUAAGGAUCUCGAAAGUUACUAUCAGGAAGUCGGUCGUGCUGGAAGGGAUGGCCUACCAUCGAAGUGUAUCACAUUUUAUAACAGUGCAGAUUUUGAUAUGCACCAUGCUAUUAGAGAGAUGCACGGGUCGCACACGUCUGCGCAAAAUAGUCAAAGGCGAGAUAUGAUGGAGAAGAUUAUGAGACAAUACUUAGAGACGCGUGAUUGUCGAAGGCAAUUCAUUUUAAAUCACUUCGAAGGGUCUGUAACGUUGAAAGGUCCUUCUAAGAACUGUUGUGAUAACUGCACAAGAAAGUUGAGCUCAAGCUUGUCAGAUCACAAUAAAUAUGAGGGUCUUAAUGAAAAGGGUCUGUAUGAUUUCGCACCGGAGACGAGAAUGUUUUUAGAGGCUGUGGAAGUAAUGGGUGGAAAAUUCGGAUUCGGAAUGUACGCUUUAUUUAUUCGGGGUUCGAAAAGCACAAGACUGUAUCAAAGGUAUCAUGGACACUCGUUGCAUGGCUGUGGCAAACAUCAAACUGAAGAUUGGUGGAAAGCUAUAGGUAAAUUAAUUGACAGGGAAGGCUAUUUAGAAAAACGUCGGCCACCGAAGGCGGGCAAGAGGGCCUUCAAUGCUUCAACAUACGGUAUUAGUGCAAAAGGUGAAGCAUUUUUGCGGUCUCCGAAAAGUACACAAAUAUUGUUGCAGCCUACGCCCGAGAUUUUUAAUCUAUUGAAAUUGAAACAUCAACCCGAAUUUUCGGAAGAGGACUUUUUCAAAUCGUCCCAACCGGUCGCGUCCACUUCGGUAACGUCCACGAAGAGUGCGCCUUCUUUCAAGUCUAAGAUCUCCUUGCAAUUGAUGAAACCGGCGAAGAGUGUGGACUCGAUUGAAGAAAGUACCGAAAUCGUACCGAGUGAGGAAUGCAUGAAACUUUACAAUGAGUUAAUGGCGAAACGUGAAGAGAUCGCCACCGCGUCUGAGUGUAUGCCGUACAUGGUCGCUUCGAAUGAAGCUCUCAUGAAAAUGGCAGAGAAGAAACCGGUCACCAUAAAGGAUUUAAGAAAGUGUAGACUGGUAGGUUUUACUGAAGCGAAAAUUAACCGUUUUGGUGAAGAGUUUAUAAAAACAAUUCGAAGUGCCUGUCAUUUGGAAUCGCUUGAUACAACUGAUAAUGUUAAGAAACCUAUCGAGGAAAUUUUGGCUAAGCAUCCGCUUCCUGGUCAUAAAAUUGGCGCUACUGCUCAAGUCAGUUAUUCGAUGUACAAGUCUGGCCUUACUGUACAAGAAAUUGCAACAAAAAGGGGCGUUCUUCCACAAGUGAUUCUAUCUCAUCUUAUCGACGGAAUUAAGGUAGGAUAUCCCAUUCAGAUGAUCGAUCUGAAUGUUACCGAUGAUAUGCGUCAUACAAUACUAACGGCCAUUAAAAAUACACUACCCGAAGUAGGCAACGGUUCGCUCUCCGUAAUAAAAAACGCCUGUCCUCCAGAGAUUUCGAUGGACGCCUUAAGAGUGGUAGUCGCGUAUCAGCAGGUGAGGACGCAUUUGUCGAAACUAAACAUUCCGUAUGAGGAGUUUGAAUCAUCUCUAGAAGAUAUCGGACAGUUAGAUAUGACAAGUGUUAGUGACACCUCCAUGAGUAGCACUCCAAAAGCUAAGUUGAACUUUUCAAGUUUAUACAAGAAAUCUGAUAAACGGUGCGCAGAUAGUGAUGGCUCAACGGAUGUAGGUAGCGGCAGUACUAGUGAGAUUGACAAUCAACGGAUCAAAAAACAAAGACUGACAGAAUCGCCUGCAGCAAAGAAGGAUGAUUUAACAUUUCUAGAUUCACCGCCAAGAUCGUCUCAUUCUCUUUCUGAUACGAUUGUGAAACGUGAAGUUGCAGAUGUAAAUCCGUGCUCAUCUCAAGCUGACGUCAAAUCCUGUAAUGUAAGCUCUUCGCUGUUAGAUGAUGAUUUCUUCGAUGACCAGCUGUUGGAGAAUGUAGACAAAGUUGUUGCUUUAAGUCCGACUGUUUCACAGAAUGGUCAACAUAAAGUAGUGAAUGCUUUAAGUCAGCAAGAAAAAUGUCAAAGUCAACCUCUACUGGAUUGUACGACUACCUCCAAAAGUAAUCUCACAAAGAAAUUCAACUUUAAAUCUAUGGUCCCUAAGUCUGUUACAGAAAAAGCACAGCAACUUUGUUCUAAACAACCGUAAGUUGUCAAGGUGUUUUAAUCAAAUUACGGUUUCGUCAUUAGCAGUUUUUACUUUAUUUUCCACAAAUAUACUUUAGUUUUGUUGGGAUUUAAAUGUUUUAAUGCGAGCCCACCAUUUAUUGUUGAUUAUUGAGAAGUAUUAAUGUUUUAGUUGAUAAGUAGCGUAGAGUUGAAUGUGUAAUCCAAUUGUGUGGAAGUACAACCCAGAUCUUGUAAGAACGGUAUUUAGGUAUAGUGAAAAAAAAAGGAAUACUGUAUGAUAAUUAGUAACUCUUUUUUAAUAAACAAUUUUUAUUUCUAAACAAGA